AUGGCGGACCAAAUGUUGGGGUUUGAGCACAUGGGCCUAGACCCCCGGCUCCUGCAGGCCAUCACGGACCUGGGCUGGUCGCGACCUACACUGAUCCAGGAAAAGGCCAUCCCCCUGGCCCUGGAGGGGAAGGACCUCCUGGCUCGAGCUCGCACGGGUUCAGGAAAGACGGCUGCUUAUGCUAUUCCGAUGCUGCAGCUGCUGCUCCACAGGAAGGCGACAGGCCCUGUGGUAGAACAGGCUGUGAGAGGCCUUGUCCUCGUGCCCACCAAGGAACUGGCAAAGCAGGCACAGUCCAUGAUUCAGCAGCUGGCGACCUACUGUGCUCGGGACAUCCGGGUGGCUGAUGUCUCAGCUGCUGAACACUCGGCCUCUCAGAGAGCUGUGCUGAUAGAGAAGCCAGAUGUAGUGGUGGGGACCCCAUCCCGCAUAUUAAGCCACCUGCAGCAAGACAACUUGAAACUGCAUGACUCCCUGGAGCUGCUGGUAAUGGACGAGGCUGACCUUCUUUUUUCCUUUGGCUUUGAGGAAGAACUCAAGAGUCUUCUCUGUCACUUGCCCCGGAUUUACCAGGCUUUUCUUAUGUCGGCAACUUUCAAUGAGGACGUACAAGCACUCAAGGAGCUGGUACUACAUAACCCGGUUACCCUCAAGUUACAGGAGUCCCAGCUGCCAGGGCCAGACCAGCUUCAGCAGUUUCAGGUGGUCUGUGAGACUGAGGAAGACAAGUUUCUGCUGCUGUAUGCCCUGCUCAAGCUGUCGUUGAUCCGGGGCAAGUCCUUGCUGUUUGUCAACACUCUGGAGCGGAGUUACCGACUCCGCCUUUUCCUGGAGCAGUUCAGCAUCCCUGUCUGUGUGCUCAACGGGGAACUCCCCCUACGCUCCAGGUGUCACAUCAUCUCACAGUUCAACCAGGGCUUCUAUGACUGUGUCAUAGCAACUGACGCUGAAGUCCUGGGGGCCCCUGUCAAGGGCAGACGUCGGGGCAGAGGAGCCAAAGGAGACAGGGCUUCUGAUCCUGAGGCUGGCGUGGCCCGGGGCAUAGACUUCCACCACGUGUCUGCUGUGCUCAACUUCGAUCUUCCACCCACCCCGGAGGCCUACAUCCACCGAGCUGGCAGGACAGCACGUGCUGACAACCCAGGUGUGGUCUUGACCUUCAUGCUGCCUACAGAGCAGGCCCACCUGGGCGAGAUCGAGGAGCUUCUCAGUGGAGAGAAUGGAGCCCCUGUCCUGCUUCCCUACCAGUUCCGGAUGGAGGAGAUUGAAGGUUUCCGCUACCGCUGCAGGGAUGCCAUGCGCUCGGUGACCAAACAAGCCAUACGAGAGGCGAGGCUGAAGGAGGUGAAAGAGGAGCUGCUGCGCUCAGAGAAGCUCAAGACAUACUUUGAAGACAACCCCCGGGACCUACAGCUGCUGCGGCAUGACCUGCCCCUGCAUCCUGCAGUGGUGAAGCCUCACCUGGGCAACGUCCCUGACUACUUGGUCCCUCCUACUCUUCGUGGAGUUGUCCGCCCUCAUAAGAAGCGGAAGAAGGCUUCCUUCUCCUCCCGGAAGGUCAAGAAGGGGAAGACCCAGAACCCACUGCGCAGCUUCAAGCACCGAGGGCAGAAGCCCAGAUCUGCAACAAAGUCCUGAACUCAUCCAGCCCAGCCCCUGGGUGGCCUGGACCCCUCACUGUCUCCUGAGCCCACACUGGGCGGAGCAGCAGCAGACUGUGUCCCCUGGGGCAGGCACAGUAGUGGCCCACAGUGCCACAAGCAAGCCCGGUUUGGCGUUUUGCCCCUUAGAAGAAUAAAGGUUCUAGCUGCUCCUUUGUGCCUUCGGCAUGCGGGAAGGGACUGUCCCCUGAAACCUUGGGAGUAAGGGGAAUGGGCUUUAGGCAGCAGGCUCUGGUUGCUGCCUGCAGUGUCUUGUGUGGCCAGCAGAGGGCAGCCUGUGAUGAACUGAGGCCUGGGCCACGGCGAACUGAAACCUGCCUUUGCCUGCCCAGCUUCUCAGCCCCUUCUGGCCCCUGCUUUGCUCUGGUCCAGAGCCUUUCCUGCCCAGCUCCUGUGGGCUUACUGUCUGAGGUCACGUCUGAGAACCCACCUAGCGGAUAGAUGUGCCUCCUGACCUGGCAACUUGGCAACUACAUUCUACCCCUCAGGGAACAUGUACCCCUAAAAUACAUGCGAAUGGUAAAGUCGAAGGGUCCUAAGAAGAGGAAUCUCCUGUCCCAGCCUCCCAGCAGACUUCCUCAGAGGCAGCUGCUGAUACUGUCUCCUGAGGCUCCUUCCUGAACAGUGUUUUCUACGUGUAAGCACUUGUGUAUACAUCUAAUAAACAUACAAGUGGCAUCAUGGCGCACGC